CUUUCUUUCUGCCUGAAUCUUGAGCCGUGCCGGCGUUUCGUGUCUUUUACAGGCUUAAAAAUGCGUUACGUGGCUGCUUACCUGCUUGCUGUGCUCGGUGGCAACGCUAGCCCCUCAUCCAAGGAUAUCAAAAGCAUCCUUGGCAGCGUUGGAAUUGAGGCCAAUGACGACUGCCUGAACAAGGUCAUCAGUGAAUUAAAUGGAAAAGAUGUUAAUGAAGUCAUGAAUGGAGGCCUGUCGAAGUUGGCCUCCGUGCCAGCAGGUGGUGCUGUAGCUGCUCCCUCAGCUGCAGGAGCUGCAGGUGCAGCGGCUGGGGAAGCUCCUGCCGCAGAAGAAAAGAAGGAAGAGAAGAAAGAGGAGUCUGAAGAAUCUGAUGAUGACAUGGGCUUUGGCCUCUUUGAUUAAUUUACUGAAUUUGAGGAAAGAAUCAAUAAAAAUGGUAAAAAAU